UUUUGCAGCAAACUUCAUUCUGAAUGAGUCAAUAUAUCAAUUUAAGGUGUUGUGUUGUUUUCCUCGUUGUCGUGAAAAUCCGUCUUCUACCGUGAAUUUUCUCACCGUGAAGGACUUCUGUUGUGACCAAGAAGUAGUGCUGAGUGUGGAAAAAUGGCAUCCGUGGGCGAUCAGUCUGAAGUCACUGUGAAAUCCAAACGACCUUCAGAUUCUGCCUUUAAACAACAACGCCUUCCCGCGUGGCAGCCCGUCCUUACAGCUGGCACUGUUCUACCCACAUUUUUUAUCAUUGGCAUCGCCUUCAUACCUGUGGGAGUCGCCCUGUUGUACUUCUCAGACAAUGUCCAGGAGCAUAUCAUCGACUACACAUACUGUACGCAGCUGGGAAGUCUCAAUAACAGUGUCACAUGUGCUGAUGUGAUCAGGAAUGAUGGGGGGAAUUGCACUUGUGAGAUUUCCUUCACGCUGCACCAGGAUUUCCUGGGAAAAGUGUUCAUGUACUACGGUCUGAGCAACUUUUACCAAAAUCAUCGACGCUACGUCAAGUCCAGAGACGAUGACCAGCUUCUGGGACGUCUUUCUCCUCUUCCUUCGAGUGACUGCAUCCCAUUUGCUUAUGCCGAUGAUGGAAACACAGUGCCAAUUGCUCCGUGUGGAGCUAUCGCAAACUCCCUCUUCUCUGACACCCUCCAGAUUCGUUCUCACGAGAACGGGCCCGUGCCUCUACUGCGAACGGGCAUUGCCUGGCCCUCAGACCGCGAAAUCAAGUUCCGCAAUCCACCUGGAGAUCUCAAGGAGGCCCUGCAUGGCUUUGAACGCCCGCGCGCCUGGACACGCAAUCUUUGGGAGUUGGACUUGGAGAAUCCUGACAACAAUGGUUUCCAGAAUGAGGACCUGAUCGUGUGGAUGCGAACCGCUGCUCUGCCCAGCUUUAGGAAGCUCUACAGGCGCGUUGACCACUCCAGUGGGCAGUUUUCCGAGGGACUACCCAAGGGAGACUACACCCUCAAAGUGGACUACACAUACUCCGUGACAGAAUUUGAGGGCUCGAAGAAGAUGAUCUUGUCCACGACUUCAAUUCUGGGCGGCAAAAAUCCAUUUCUGGGUAUUGCGUACAUCGUUGUGGGCUGCGUUUGUCUCCUUCUGGGAAUCGUGCUGCUGUUCAUCCAUAUCAAAUUCUCGAAAAACACCACAGAGAUGAUAAAUGUAAAUCCUCGCACGCCCUAUACAUAAUCGCCUGCCCGAAGCUGUGGGAGGGCGGGAGAAAGUAUGUGAUAAGGGAGCUGAGUAACAAUGCCUUCUUUCCAUUGUGGAUGCCAAGUGGUUGGUGUAAUUUAAUUCAUGAUUAUUCUGUGAGAUAUGCGCUUUCUGAAAAAUGAAUAUUCCUCCAUGGAAGCAAGAAUGUUUAAACUCUAUGACACACACGCUUUAAUUGUCUUUGUGGACAUCGAAAAUGAAGAUUUAUUUUCCUUUUUCACCGGUUAAAUAUUGUAUUAUGUCAUUUAGAGAGUUUAGAGACCAGAAAUCACCAAUUAAGUAGUAUAUCUUGUAAUUGUUGUCAAAGGCAUUCUGUGCCGGAAAAUCACAAAGAGAAUCUCCUCGCAUGAGGAGAAUUAAUAAAUAAAGGAAAUGUGUUGU